AUGUCAGCCGCACACGACUCUGAGCUGGUUCGUGAUUUUGCCCUCACCGGCAAAGAUGGUAUUCAUGUGCUCGUCAAUGAUCAGGCAAUCGACAGUAAAGACACCAGCAACGAUGUCUUGGUGGAUGCCAACGAAGUAGAAGAUGAGAUGGACGGGGACGCACCUACCGAGGAAGAAAAAGCCACUCUUCGAAAAAUUCCCGGUAAAGUGAAUGCUGCAGGAUACGCCUUGUGCUUUGUUGAAGCCGCAAACUAUGCUUCCUACUAUGGAGUAUCGGGAUGUUUUACCAAUUUCAUCCAACGACCCCUUCCCGAGGGAGGAAAUGGUGCAGGUGCGCCACCGGCUGGUACGCAGCAAUCAGCCGGUGCUCUAGGUCUAGGUCUUCAAACCGCCAAUGCACUUACAGUCACGUUCCAAUUUUUGGUAUUCUGUACCCCGCUCCUAGGAGGCUACCUCGCCGAUGUCAAGCUCGGAAGGUACCGUGGUCUUUGGGUCGGUAUCACGAUCGGCUUCCUCUCUCACAUGCUUCUAGUCAUUGCGUCGAUCCCAAGUGUAAUCUCCGGUGGUCACGCGAUCAUUCCCUUCGCGAUCGGUAUGGUUUGUCUCUCUUUCGGCUCAGGUUUCAUCAAGCCUAGUGUGGCACCUUUGAUAGCCGAUCAGUCAACUGUCAAACGUCAAACCGUCAAAACACUUCCUACAGGUGAAAAAGUCAUUGAGGACCCUGGAGUGACCGUUGAGCGCAUGCUUUUGCUGUACUAUUGGGCAGGUAACGGGGGAGCGUUCUUCUCGAUCGCGACGUCUUACACUGAAAAGCGGAUUGGCUUUUGGCUUUCAUUUAUGUUGCCCGGUAUCUGCUUCCUACUUCAACCUCUCGCUUUGCUUUGGGCUCGAAGGCGAAUCACCCACUACCCACCUUCUGGCUCUUCGGUUGGCGAUUCAUUCAAAGUGAUAGGCCAAGUCCUCAAGCGCAUCAAGGGCUCGAAGGGAGCUGGUGACGCUUGGGAAAGCGUGAAACCGACCAAUAUGCGCGCCAAUGGCGAAUUCGAAGAGCUUGCGGCGAAACACAAACCGGGUUAUUUCAGCUACGACGACCAAUUUGUUGACGAGGUCAAAGCAACUUUGAAAGCUUUGCGAGUGUUUAUCCUACUUCCUGCGUGGUACCUUGCAGACGGUGGGACCGAUUCGAUCUUGACCAACAUGGCUGGCUCGAUGACUACUAACGGACUACCGAACGACUUGCUUAACAAUUUCAAUCCCAUUGCCACUGUCUGUGCUAUCCCCGUGUACAACUACGUGCUUUAUCCCACAUUGCGUAAAAUGGGUAUCAACUUUGGUUAUAUUAAGAGAAUUUCCGUCGGAUUCUUGAUCGGUGCGAUCCUCAACGCCGUCGCAGCAGUCUUGCAAUGGCAAGUGUACGAGACCAGUCCCUGUGGAUACGCUGCGACGGAAUGUAAUAUCGGUACCGGGGUAUCACCACUGUCCGCUUGGUUAGUCGCUAUUCCCUUUAUCCUCCAGCCUCUUGGUGGUAUCUUCAUCAGUGUCAGUUGUUAUGAGAUGGCCUAUACGAUGACUCCACCAAGGAUGAAAGGAACAAUUAUCGCCUGCGUCUUCUUCACCAGUGCUAUCUCCAAAGCGAUCGUACUGGGCUGUACUCCAGCAUUCAAAGAUCCCAAACUGACCUGGGUAUUUGUCGGUAUUGGGUGUGCGAAUUUGGCAGCAUCCGUAGCGAACUUUGUGUUCUUCAGGGAUCUCGAUAACGUCGCCAAAGAGACUGACUUGCAUAGAAUGGACUUGACCCAGGAAGAGGUUGAGCGAACGAAAGGAAAGGUGUGA